AAUGGAUUAAAAUUUUGCCAAUCGAGAAGAGAACUCAGGCUAGGCUAAACUCAGAAGGAGAAGAAACGAUUCAAAUAAUAGAGACUAUUCUUGCGGUUGUGGAAAAAGCUAUUUAAGUUAUGCUGCCCUAUACACUCAUUUAAAGUAUUAUGGGAAUAUGAUUAUAAGAUAGAAACAUAAUUCUAUAGCUCCUGAUGGAACUCAUUCGCCCAAUAAUGCAAAUUAAAGACCAGGAAGAGGUAGACCACCAAGAGUAACUUAAACUUAAUAUACAAUGAGCAGGAUGAUAAAGAUAGAAAAAGUGCUAAAUCUGAUGACGGAUAAUCCGAAAGUGGAAAUGAACCAGAUGAAAUUCUGGAAGAGCUUUUAACUUUUUUGGAUAGUUUAGGCAGUUUUAGAUAAACUGAAAAACUGUCUAGCGAUGUUGAUAUUUAGGCUUUUCUACUUUCAAAUUUUCCUGCCAAUGUCUUUUCAAAUUAUUAAGAAUAUUAGGGAAUAUUUGAUUUAUUAAAAGAUAUUACAAAUGAAAAAGUACGCAAUGUUUGAUAUUCAAAGAUUAAAGUUUAAGAUAUUGAUCAAAUUGCUAAUGAACCUUUUGAUAAGGACAAAUCUUUGCGUAAAACAAAUAUUACUAAGAUAUUGACAUAUUUCUUGAUAUAAAUAGGACCAAAAUUAUGUGUUGAAGCGUAUAGAGAAGUAUGUAAUUGUAUUUAAUAGAUAUGUAUUUUCAUCAUAUUUUAUUAAAAAUUUUUGAAUUCAUUGGGUUAUUAUGCACUCUAAAAAUGCUAAUAGGAAUAAAAAAAUGAAGAUAACAAAUAAUUGGAUAUCAAAGAGGGUUUUAUUUUAAAAAAUAUAUUUAGAGGUCUCGCAAAGUUAGGAGUUCUGCGAUGUUCACAAUGGAGAGUAUAUGCUUUUAAUUGCAAAUGAAUUUAUUUUAUCAUUUUUACCUUAAUCUUAUUCAGGAAUUGAGAGAGUUGAAAAGAAUUUAAAAAUAUUUGGUAGCUGUGCUGAAAAAUUAAAAAAUGCUGUAUAUGUUACUUAGCAUUUCUCGUAUUGGCUGUUUUCUUAAAAAUUUACAGAUUAAAGAUUAGAUUUUUAUACUGAGGAUGAUUGA